AUGACGCGAGAGCAGUUUCGAGCUGCCAUCAACCAGAGGCUGUUGCGGAUACGCUUCUUACCACCCAACGCCAAGGUGUGGCAACAGGUCGCGCAAUUUCAGAAGCAGGUCGUUCGGCUUAGUUUUCAGAAGGUGCUUUUGCAGAAGGCGUUACGCGAUGAACACGAGAACGUCAAAAAAGAACUUGGCAUAGACGGCGAUGCAGAGGCCAAACAGAAGGAGCGUGCCAGUCUAGCUCGUGAAGACAUCGCCAUUCAAAGGAAACAGUUGGAGCGACGGAAACAGGAGAUAGCCAAGCAAGAAGCCGAACUGGAGACCAAGAACGAACAAGUCGCUGCUUUUGACCAGGAGACACAGGCGCGCAGGACAGCUUUGAAGGCUGACUCGCUGCACUUGGCCUCACAGAAAGCAGAGCUGGAGAGAGCUCGGCACGACUUCGAUGCCAUGCGCAAGGUCAAGCAGGAGGCUCUCGAAAAGGAGCGGCAGCUGCUUGCAGCCGAACGUGCAGAACUCGAGGCCAAGAGAGAGGAAGUGCUGGUGGCGCAGACCGACCGUGAGGACCUGGAAGCAGAAUGGCAGCGCCUGCGCGACGAGCGCGAGGAGCUUACAGCCAAGCAGACCCAACUGGAAUCGGCUGUUCAGAAGGCUCAGAGUGAGUGGGCCAUCCUUGAUGAAGAACGUUCGGCUCUAGCACGUUCGCGCGAGGAACUCGAAGACGAUGUUCUGCAUUUGUCGCAGGCAAAGGCAGAGCUGCAGGAACACCGAAGCCGCGAUGUAGCACGCCAUGAAGAAGUCGAAAAAGAGGCGUUGGCAUUCAAGGAAUCCUCGGACAGGACCAAAGCAGAGCUGCAAGCAGAGCGUUUACAAAUGCAGGCGCAGAAUCAGAAAGACAAGGAGGAUUUCAAAGCCCAGUGCAAGCAGGCCCUGCAGCAGCUGGAGAGCAGAAAGCGACAACUCCUGCAGCUGCAAAAGCAACUGGCAGCCGAGAGGUCAGCUGCUGAACAGGCCCGAAAGGAGUUGGAAGACUCGCAGAAGGAGCACAAGGAGGAGGCGACUCAGACCGGGACCGUCAUCGAAACUCUUGAAGCCUGUGCACAAGCCACUCCGGAGAGCACCGUUGCUGCCGUGCAGACCGAAAGAGAUGAGGUAGCUUUCGGCGCUGUGACCCUGAACUCCGUGCCAAAGGAAGCACGGCAGCUGGCAGGUUCCGAGGGCACACGUGGAGUCGUCACUACGGAAGUCUUGAUGGAUGCCGACAGACUACGGGCCGUUGAUCUAACGGCUCAUGUCCACACCCUGCUUCAAGCCCGCAAGGUUGAUGUGCAUUGCAUGCGGACUUUGAGCCAGCUGCUGCAGGGAAUGGUCCGGUCGCCGCAGGAGGGUAGCGAGCUCCCCUCUGAGUCCGCCUCCACCAGCAAGAUCAAGCAGAUCAAGAGCGGCCUAGGGCAAGGAGCCCGCUUCAGAGGUCUGCGGCAGUCCGAGUCUCCUCGCACUCCCAAAGAGCCCCGCCGCCCUGUGGGACACCGGCAGCCAAGCCCGCGUCCAGCAAGCCCAAGUCCUCCAUCAGAGCUUCCACGGUCACAAGGUCUUGCAAAGAAAGCUCUGGCCGAGACGGCGGAUGUGCGAAAGUUGCUCGCAGAGGAGCUCAAGAAGGAGUCGAAGCGCAGCCCUCCAUCUCGCUCUGCGAGCCGCUCCAAACUGGAGCGACACAUGCAAGCCCAGGCCCAGAAGUGA